CCUCCCCUCCGUCGCCUCCAUCUCAAGCCGUCGCUAGUGGCGUAGCCGGGUCUUGUUCGGGAGCCGCGUCAGCCGCCGCGGAGUCGCCUACCUGCUCGCCGCGCCGGGUGGUGAGCGGGAAGCCGGUCCGUGAGGGGAGGGGAAGGGAGAAAGAGAGAGAGAGCCAUGGGGGAAGAAGCGUCCCGCCGUCGCCGCCGCUGAGAGAGGCGCCCGGGCCCGCUCUGCUCUGGCUGCUGGAGCCAUGGACAAAGCCGUCGGCGGCCAGGUAGGGAGGAGUCCGGCGAAGGAGCCCGCCGUGAAGCGACCGACCCCCGGCUGAGGGGUUGCUAGGCAACGGGGUGGGGAGGGGUGGCCCGCAAACCAAACCCCCCCCCCCCCAUCCUGGGAGGAAGUCCCUUGAGGCAGCUGUGCCUAGGGGUUAGUGGCUGAGGGGUGCCUAAGUAAAGAGGAGGGGGCGGCGGCUGAAAAGGUGAGGGGCUUAAAUAACGCCCCGGCCUUCUAAAUCUCAGGCGUCCCCUCUGCGCCUCCUCUGCUUUUGUUUUGGUUUCUCAACCUGGGCUUUUAACUUCGGGGGCGUUAAAUGAGUUGUAGCACUUGCUUAUGGGGAGUCGCCCAAAGAACUCGUCUGCUGUGGAGGCGGCGUACAAAUGCCACCGACACGUAAACAAACCGAGAGGGUGCUUCGUGUCGCGGUAGUAGUAAUACUAAUAAUAAUCGGGGGCGGGAGUUAUGGGGCUUGAGCCCUAGACCCGGUCCCUGGCGCGGGUGGGAUCGGGCCCGAGGGGAAUUAGGCGAGGUUGCCAGGGCAGUGAGGGAUUUAAAGGGAUUUGUUGAAGCUGUGGGAGAAGGAGCUUGUUUAUACAACGCUCUCACUCUUGACAUCCGUAGGGUGUUCUUUAUAAGUUUUAAUAAGCAAAGGAUAUAUGUAGAUUGUUUCCUCUCUUUCCCCCCCCCCACCCCGCAAUCUAAAUUCUGCAGCAAGGAAUCUAAAUUCUGGAGUAAGAAAGCAAAGGCAAAGCUAGCAGGCGUUGAACAGGGGCCACUGGUGUUAUGGGUGUGGGGGUGUUGAAAAUUAAAUCGCCAGCUAUUGCUAUCUGAAUGGUGCUGGUUUCCGUAGCAGUAAUACAUUAAAAGAUGCUUCUGUAUGGUAUUGCGGUUAGUGUCAAACUGAGACUUAAGAGUUCAAAACCCCACUCAGCCAUGAAACUCCCUUUAUGACCUUGGGGCCACUGCCUUUCUCAGGCUAGCUUACCUCACUGGGAAUUUAUGAGGACAAAAUUAGCUCCAUGGAUAGAAAUUUCAGGGCUUCAAGACACUUCUGCUAUGCAUUGUUUCAGUAACUCCUAAAACAUUUCUUCAUGACACUCCAGUAUUUUUCUUAUUGCAAAGUACUGGGAAGGCUGGCCAAGGAUGGAAGAAUAUAGUGGCUUGUCUAAUGCCACCUAGUGAAUUUUGAACUGGGAACUUAUUUUCUGUACUUUAUUGGUGGGAAGGAAAGGAUGAUAAUGCUGACAAAUUAUCAAAUUUCCAGUCUUGGCAGGAAAGACCUGGAUUAGCAAAUAUAGUAGAACUUGGCUAUAGUCUUGCAAUGCGAAAAGGAAUGAGGUCAGAAGGAGGAAUGGGACAGAAAGUGCAUCUCUCCCCAGUUGUUUUUUGAGGCUAAAAUCAUUGUCAGGGACUGACUUGAGGGUUGGAUAUCCUUCACCUCCUCUUCAAAGUAGACUUAAUUUUCCAAUAGAGCUGGACUGCUAUCAGCAACGGGCAUUCCUUCACUUCACUUUCCAGUUUGAGGCAAGUGGGGAAGUCGGAUGGCUUUUAGAGCGAGAGAGAUUUGUCCCUGAGAAUUUCAGGUAUUACUGUACUUCUUAGAGGGCAAACUAUAUGUAACUCACAUUUAAAUGUAAAUGAAGCACCAACACGCUUGAUUAAAAGCGAAAGGAUUUGAUUUUGUGUUGAGGGAGUGUCUACUUAAACCUUUCCUUACCAGCUGAUUCUUAUAUCAAUAUUGUGCUUCUCUCCUCCAGCCCCAUCCCUCCCCCUCCUCAGGGUUCCAAAGUAUCAACAUAUGUCUGGAAUUCUUUGCAGGGAGAACAGCUGGUAGAGUAGAAAAACAGUUGGAAGGAGAAGAGUUAAACAUCCCUUGUUUAAAAUUGCUGCCUCUUAAAGUUGCUUGAUUUAAAACACCAUCACCACCAUUGGGGCUUCAUUGCACACACUUAUUUGUUUUGUUUGUAAUGUUUAAUUUGACCCAUUGGCAGAGGUUAAACACAUUGUGGAUGCAUUCAGACAGCUUUUAGAAUUAAGAUAUUAAAAAAACAUUUUGCCUUUGUAAGAACAACCUAGUUGCAUUUUUAAGCUAGUAAUCUGUACACAACCAUAGUUUCCCAUUUCACCUGAACUAGGAAAAUGAACUAGAAACCAUGGUUAGAGAUUUCCUAGUUUAUCAGCCAUGCAAUGAAGAGGCUUUCUAAGUGGGCAUGCUUUGUACAUAUUGCAGCAUAUUUAGCCAAGAUAAGCUGAAGCAGGUCACUGACUCUUGCAAGACAAGAGUUUAAACUUCUGUCCACAGAAGGUAUCCUCUUUAUAUAUUUGUCUAAUAUCAAUCUCUUCAGUUUAUUACCACUAUCAUUAUUUUAAUUACCUGCACUUCACCCUAAGGUCACAGGACAAGUUAUAAAAAACAACACAGUGCUAAAAACAGUUUAAAACAUAAUCACAAAAAUAAGGUGUACCAAAAACCAUGUACCAAAAACCAGGAUAAAGUGGUGUGUCUUCAGCAUUCACCGAAAUUGUGUCAUGAAGAUGCCGGAUGAAUCUCUGUGGGGAAGUAGUUCCAAAACCUAGGGCCUACUACAGAGAAAGCCCUCUCUUAAACCACCUCCCCUGAGCUCCUGUGGAACAAUCAAGAGGGCCCCCUCCGCUGAUCUUAAAACUGGUGGAGGUCUGUAGGAAAGAUACAGUAUUUCAGGUAUUGGGGGGUGGGGGCUGAGUCAAUUAGGGCUUUAAACACUUGUAAUUGGCUUCAGAAACAAACUGGAAACUAGUGCAGCUGUUUUAAAAUGGGUUCAGUGAGAUCUAAGUCCAGAACCCCAGCUAGGAAUUUGGCUGCUGCAUUUUGGACCAGCUGAAGUUUGAGUCUUCAAGGGCAGCCCCACAUAAAGCACAUUGCAAUCAUCCAAUCUGAUCUGCGAUAGCUCAGUUGGUACAGCAUGAUAUUCUUAUUCUCACUGUCAUGGGUUUGAGCCCCACGCUGGGCAAAAAGAUUCCUGCAUUGUAGGGGGUUGAACUAGAUGAUUCUUGGGGUCCCUUCCAACUCUACAGUGCAGGACCCAUAUGCAGUACAGCCAGGCUAGAUGUCAGACCACAGAUCUAUGACCUAAUAUUAGGCAGCAUAAGUUCCUAAAUGUCAAUUUCUACCCAAAACAACAAAGUUGGUUUGGUCUGAUCAUUGCUGCUGUUAAAGAUAUGGCUGUUUGGGGUUACAUAUCUUUUGUUUUUAACAGGUCUUUUGUGUUGCCUGUAGUUUCCAUGAAUAUUUUUAAAAAUUGUUUCUGAAGGGAGAAUGGUUACUGAACCACAGACAUCACUCUUGUUGAGCAAUCUGUUGUGGAUUAAUUAGUAGGAAUUGUAAUUAGCCUUCAGGUGAUUUCAUGAAAUGGUUACUUCCUUGUUGCAUUCUUCCAAUACAGUGGUACCUCGGGUUAAGUACUUAAUUCAUUCCGGAGGUCUGUACUUAACCUGAAACUGUUCUUAACCUGAAGCACCACUUUAGCUAAUGGGGCCUCCCGCUGCUGCCACUGUGCCGCCGGAGCACGAUUUCUGUUCUCAUCCUGAAGCAAAGUUCUUAACCUGAAGCACUAUUUCUGGGUUAGCGGAGUCUGUAACCUGAAGUGUAUGUAAGCCGAGGUACUACUGUAUCUUCCUGUGUCUUCAGUUCUUUGCAGUCAGCCAUUAUCUGGAUUUUAGUAACUAGGCAUGGAUAGCUGUAGAAGAGGAAGACGCUCCAGACGACUUCAAGAUAAAAUAAUAAUGAUUAUUAGGUUCAAGGAUAAGGUCUCAUUCACAGGAGUGGUAGAGCCACUUGCUUGCAAAAGGCCUCAGCUUCACUCCCCAGUAUUUCUAGACAAGACAUGGAAAGGCUUCUCUAAAACUCCUAUAUUGUCGGCAUAGACAGUAGUAAGCUAGAUAGACCAGUGGUCUGACUUGGUUAAAGACAGUUUUUCUGUGUUCCUUUAACAUUUGCCUGACAUUUUUCUUAAGGGGACGAGAAGGUGUGGGUGGGCAUUGUGGGUUUUAGUCCUCUUAAAGUCAUAUGCUGCAUAGUAUUGUGCCAGGCAGCAGGCAUAUGCCUUCACAAGAUAUCGGUGUUAGAAACUCAGAUAUAUAAGCUAGGUGCCAAAUGGCUCCUUAAACCAGGUUUACAGUUGCCAAAUAACAAAAUUAGGAAACAGAUUGCAACAAGUAGCGUGGUAUCCUACCUUGUAUCAUGCAUCACUUCAAAACAACUUGUUCUGUGCUUGAACCAUUGGCACAAUAUGUUCCUUAUGCUGCCACGUUGAUUUAAAGGCAUCACAUUAAGACAAGUUAUGACUUAGCAUGAAUGCAGGGUCUCUAAGAGAGUAGAUUGGGGCCAUUUUGCUCCUCCCUAGUCACUCUGCUACUGCACUGAUGUGUGAACUAGGCCAGUGUCUAAUCUUAGUAGCUCCUUUUCUUGGGAAGUAUCUGUUCUAAUGUAGAGUAAGCCUUGGCCUUUAUGAAGUCAUGGAGGUACAAAUCAAGGUUGGAUAAGAUAGGCUCUUACAGUUUUAUAAUGCAGUUGUUUCUAGUAGUAAGUUUUAAACUCUUUAAAAUGGACUUGGAUUGUGAUAGGGAAGGAGGAGUUGCAUUUUGUUAAUCCAAAUGUAAUCCAGAUAGAUUCAGUUACUAAACAUUAUAGUCGUAUCAUUAAAAAUAAAACAUACGAUUUAUAAAAAAAAAAUUAUAAAUACAGUAAUGAAAUUAAAAGUAAUGAAAUUAAAAUACAGUAAUGAAAUUAAAAGUCUUCCAGUACUGGAUCCUUGCUACCUGGUAGGAUUCAUGCCCAAGUAAUUGUAGGAUUGAAACCUUACAGUCCAAACAUAUGCAUUUUUAUACAGAUGCAAAUCCCUGUGGUCAGUAGGAAUUGUUCCUGUUAAUUGUACAUAGGAUUGCAUCCUAUCCUAAUGAUGAUUGGCCUUGUUUAGAAGCUAAGUAAUAGAUUACUUUAUAUGAGCUGCUCUUCAUGUAUUACUUGUACCCUCAUGUAGUUUAUAGGGAGACCUCUUGGAAGUUGUAUUAAUUAAGCACAGUCAGUACAGCAUGAGACUCUUAAUUUCAUGGUCAUGGGUUCAAGUCCCAUGUUGGGAAAAAUGAUUCCUGCAUUGCAGGGGGUUGGACUAGAUGACCCUUGUGUCUCCUUCCAACUCUGCAAUUCUAUAAACACAGUGUAGGAGUAAGGAAUUAAAUAUGAAAGUUAUGAGUAGGUGUUCACGUGAACAGGUUGUUCAGUACUUAAUGAAAAUACUUAGCAUUUAUAAAAUGAUAGUGCUACUGCCCACUCAUGUUACCUUGUUUUAUAGCUUAUCUGUUUGAAUAAAGCUAAGACACAAACAAUAGAAGCUCUAAGAUUGCACAUGACAUGUCAUAUAAUAUAUAUUAUAUGACAUGUCAUGUGCAAUCUUAGAGCUUCCAUUGUUUGUGUCUCCACCUAUCAAAGAUGUCAUACUGGCAGUAUUGAGUUUGUAAAAGCAUUUCACCCAAUGUGUUCAUUGAAUAUUGAUUUGUAGAUACAGUAUUCCCAACUAAGGGUUGCAUGCCUUAGUAUACCCAUUUCCUGAUCGGAAUUUGCUUUGUCUUGUGUAUCUUCAAAAAAAACAACAGCCAUUCAUUAGUCUAACAUGCAAGCAAAUGAAACAGUUUGUAUGAUCCUUUUUAAAACAGAUAAAUGAUGCAUGUUAAUCUGAAUCUGUAAGAUGUUCUGUUUGGCAGUUGAGCUGGAACAGAUAAUAAAAAGUGGUGUGAAUUUUCCAGACAAAAUGUAAUAGGAACAUUUGUGCUGCUUUAAAUGGAGAUCUGAUUUAGCAUGUAUUCUUGACUUGCAUUUAGUAAACAAUGUCUGAUCCCCUCCCAGUAACCAAAAGUAGUUUGACUGAAACAUAUGUUAUGAGAAAAAUGUCAAAACAUUCGAGUUGUUUUGAAUGUCCUAUUCAAAGCAUUACUUAGAAAUUUAUAUUUAGAAAUACUCCAAUGAAAAUGUUAAGACAUAGCUCAAUAGCAUACAUUCCCCUUAAGCUAUUUAGAUUUUAAUAACACAUUUCUAUUCAUUUACCGUAUUUUUCGCCCCAUAGGACGCACCGCCCUAUAGGACGCACCUAGUUUUUUUUGGGGGGGGGGGGGGGAAUAAAGGGGGAAAAAAUUAUUUCCGGGGCUGGCGCGGGGGAAGCCCGAGCUUCCCCCGACCCCAGCCCCCAGAACAGCCUGCUAUCCGCAAGCCUAGGGAGCCGCGCCGGUCUCCCCAGGCUUGCGGACAGCUGCGUGAAGCCCGGGCGCUCUCUUCAGCGCGCCCGAGGCUUCGGAAUGCAAGCAGCUCUGCGCAACCCUCCAGAGCCCGGCGUGGCUUCACACCGGGCUCCGGAGGGUUGCGCAGAGCUUCCUGAAGCCUGGAGAGCGAGAGGGGUUGGUGCGCACCGACCCCUCUCGCUCUCCAGGCUUCAGCGAAAGCCUGUAUUCGCCCCAUAGGACGCACACACAUUUCCCCUUCAUUUUUGGAGGGGGAAAAGUGCGUCCUGUAGGGCGAAAAAUAUGGUACUCAGAAGUAAGCCACAUUGAGUUCUAGAGUGCUAGCUCCGUAGUAAGUCUGUUUAAGAUUCCAGCCUAAGGGAGAAAAAGGAAGAUGCUGAAAAUUAACAUACUAAUUUUAGCCUGGACUUCUGCUUGCAUAAGUGUUUGCUUUCUAGUGAGAGUCUCCUGAAAAAUAAAAGUUUGCUUUUAAACAGUACUACUACUACAUUGGUUCCAUUUGCCUAAUGUAACUUGUAUUACAUUAAUGCACAAGGAGUCCUAAAAGUGGAGAAAUUACUACCCCAUCAUUGAUUAAAAAGUAAGAUUUUUCAGACAGAACUUUGCAUAAAAUGCUCCUGCUAUCUUCUAGUCAACCAGCAUAUUUCCCAUUCCUUAAGAUUGCAUUGAAUAAUCUAACUAUAGCCACAUCUGUUUUUGUGUUUACAAAGCAACUCUUAAAAUAGGCAAAGUGUAAGUUCUUAAUAUGCUUGUUACUACAUAUUCUCAAUUUUAAAACUGACCAAUUUUUUUUUUCCAAAUUGCCGAAAGAUAAAAGGUCACUAUUAUAACUAGGCUGCUUCUUUUUCCAGCUGUUAGCCAGUAUAAAACCCAACAUUAUUUUGAAUUUGAAACAUAAUAUGUAAGCAUCUGCCUUGUGUUAAUUACACAAAGUGCCUUCAGCCGACAGCACUAUUCUGCUUAGAAGGACAGCAUGGGUUCUGUUUUAAUGGGUAAUAUUGAACGUCUGUUACAGGUUUUUUGUAUAUUGUAGUCUAAAGAUUAAACACAGUGCUGUAACUAUAAGACAAAGUUUACCAGUCUGUUCCUGCUAGUGUCAUCUUCUGUCGCUGCAGCUGCUAAAUAAUACAGUAGCCUUUAUAUUGAAAACAAAGGUGGCUUUAUGUUAAAUAUCUUGGAAGAAAUGUAAUGGUCAGUGGGAAACAUAUAUAAUGAGCUAUUGCAUACAUUCUGUAAAAUUAAACUGAAAGCUGGGUAAGUCUUAAAAUCCUGUGCUUUGAAAGAAAAUAGCUAACACAAACAAUAGAAUAUGUAAGUACUGAUGGUUGUAUUUAUAUAGUGUCACCAGUGUGCAUGUUCCUUUAGAGCAGAAAGAGGUUCCUGUGUAAUCCAUACUCUGAUAGAAGUGGAAACAAUAGACAGAUUGUUAUUUGCAAAUGGCUUAAUGUAGAGGCUCUGAAAUCAAAAGCCAAACUUAAUUCAAACUAAACCUGAAUAAGAAAACAAUACACUAAUUACCGGUAAUCUUAUAUCCUGCUGUUUUGCUCAAAGGUGGGUUUGGAUUAUGAAUUAUUAUUAAAUAUAUUUAUGUAGUCACCAUUUAUUGUGUGGCUUGCAACAAAAUACUAAACACAUAAUACAGUGGUACCUUGGUUUGCAUACAUCUUGGUUUGCAUACGUUUUGGAUUACAAACACGUCAAACCCGGAAGUGCGUGUCCCUGUUUGCAACCUUUUUUGGGAUUACAACCCCCCCUUUUUUUUAUUACAAACAUAUUUUUUUGGGAGGCCCCAUUGGCAAAAGCGCGCCUUGGGUUACAACCUGUUUUGGUUUACAAACGGACCUCCGGAACAGAUUAUGGUUGUAAACCAAGGUACCACUAUAUACAAUAACCAAUAAAACAAGAAACCUCAAAAAAACUUACUUGCGUUGAGGCAGCAUGAAAUAAUUUACAUCCCUGUUCUAAAACAGUUUAAAAGUUUGGGUGAACAAAAGGGACUUCAGUUGGCACUGAAAAUACCACAAAGUCUCUGUAUGACCAUCUUUGGGGAGGCUGUUCCAUAGCUGAGAUGCCACUAAUCAAAAGUCCCUUUCCUUGGUACCCCCCUGAUUUGCUUUGCCUGCUGAAGCUACCCAGAGGAAGGCCUCCAAAGCAAUAUUAAGCUUCAGGUUGGCAUGUGCAGGAAAAGGCAAUUGGUACUUUAAAUUGGGACUAGAUUAUUUUUGCAGGAAAGAAUUGAAGGAGGCCUUGAGUUUAAGCACUCCUCCUCCUCCUCUGGUAUGGACACAAGUGGCCGUAAAGCUUUCUCUUCUCUUUUAGUUUAACCACUAGGUUAUCUGAACUAUGGUUUGUUGAAAUAAGGUAGGUGUGUGCGUGUGCGUGCGUGCGCGCGCACACACACACACACACGGCAACAAAUGGCUCCUUAAACCAAGGUAGUCGCCAAAACAGAAUAUCUAGUUGCCAUUUUGGGGCAAGACAUAUGUAAAGUUUUUUUUAAAAAAAUGACUGUCUAUGAUUGAUUAUACCAGCAUGAGUUUGACCAAACUGCGGGAGGCAGUGGAAGACAGAAGUGCCUGGCGUGCUCUGGUCCAUGGGGUCACGAAGAGUCGGACACGACUAAACGACUAAACAACAACAAUGAUUGAUUAUUUGUUAAACAUCUGGCUAGUUCAGAUGACAACCUAGGGCAGUGGUGGCCAAACUUGGCCCUCCAGCUCUUUCGGGACUACAGUUCCUAUCAUCCCUGACCACUGGUCCUGUUAGCUAGGGAUGAUGGGAGUUGUAGUCACAAAAACAGCUGGAGGGCCAAGUUUGGCCGUCACUGACAUAGAGCUAGGUUAAGAACUUUGUGAACUUAAAUAAAAGUCACUUGAUCCAGGGACAGUCCAUAUAUAUAUCAGCCUAUUCCUCCCUCUUCUUAAUGAUGACACAGACCAUUCAUAAUGUAAGAAUAUUCUUACAUUACUGUGAGCAGGGCAGUGGGGUGGGGUAAAUGAAGGCAAACUACAACAAUUAACUGUAAUGUCGUUCACUGCUCCUGUUCAGGCUGCACAGAAAAAGCAUUUUGGUUCCUGAAAUUCAUUCUAAUUCUGCAGAUAAAAUAUAACUGAUAGAAUUCUGCAGGAUGUGGUAUUAGUGUAUGAAAACAGUCAAGAUCCAAUUAUUCCCUGGCAUGCACCUCCAGAUGGUGGAGAUGUCUGGCGUCGCCAUCCUGGCACCCAGGUAUUUUCACUUGGUUGCAAGUGGCCAAUAGGCAGGUGCAAAAUGUGCCUGGCUAACUUCGAACACUGCUUCAAACCAUAGGUUAUAGGUUUGUCUCAAUUAACCAUAAUUACGAUUAAGGUGUGAAUGUCAUGACCAGUUGCAGUGAAUCUAAAACAGAAGCAAAAGCUUCCAAACUCAUUGCAGUUGUACCAGAAGAGGAAAGUGGGCUUGACUUGUUGAGAGUAUAAUUGCUGCAUCGGGUAUCAUAGCUAAUAGCUUUCCUUUGGGAGGGUAACUUAUCUUCUGCAGGUUUAAAAUAAUAAAAUAAAUACUUUGUCAGAUUUGUUUCUUACUAGUAUAUUUCCUCUAGUAGACUCUUGACCCAGACUCUUGACUCUUGAUUGAAGUGCAUAACAUUGGAAAUCAGUUUUCUAUUUAUUUGAAAUACAUUACUUUACCCAACAGUUAUCCCCUGAUUCUAGGAAGUGUGGGAUACUAGUUAUAGCUCAAUCUUUUGCAAAUGUGUUUGGAAGUAAGUUAUAUUUUGUUCAGUGGAACUUGUUGGGUUUUUUAAGAAAAGGGUGCAUAAGAUUGAAGUUUCACCUAUCAACAAUAAGUGAUUAUUCAUACUUGAAUAGACCCACCGAAAGCAAUAAACUUAAAGUAACAUUUUUCUUGGGGGUGUAACUCAUUCCAUCCUCAUUUAGAUUGAUCACAUGCAAUGCUCUAAAUGAGUGAUGGCCAAACUUGGCCCUCCAGCUGUUUUUGGACUACAACUCCCAUCAUCCCUAGCUAACAGGACCAGUGGUCAGGGAUGAUGGGAAUUGUAGUGCAAAAACAGCUGGAGGGCCAAGUUUGGCCAUCACUGCUCUAAACAGUAUCUCCUAUGCAUUGUUCUAGCAUAAAAUUUCAUGUAUUUACUGCAGAUAAAUGUGUGGCACAAAACAUGACUGUCUUUAAUUGUUUUCCUAUUUUGUAAUGUGCAUUCUUCAGAAGACUGAACUUAGGUCUGUUGUGCAUGUUUCCUUGGGUGGCAUAGUUGUUUGCAUAGUUGUCACCUCCUCUCUGGUUACUGCUCUGGUGCUUUAGAUAAGGGAUAUAUUUCCUGCACAUGGAACUAGAAUAAAUUGUGUGUGUCAGUGUGUAACAGUCUAUGUAGUAUUCUACCAGCUUUGGGAUUGCUGAUUUUAAAUGCAAUUAAUUUUGCUUGAAUAAUUUUGACUGGGGAAAUGUAACAUGGUAAACCUAAUGAAAAUACAGCCCUAGUGGCUAUGUCAUACUUAAGUACUGACAGCCCAGAAAAUACUCUAGUUUAUGUUCCCUUACAUGUUAACAUGUUUCUUUCCCUUCCCUUAAGAAUGUGAAACUGUCUGCUGAAGUAGAACCAUUCAUUCCUCAGAAGAAGGGUCCGGAUUCACUUAUGAUGUCUAUGGCGUUACCUACUGACAGUGGAGGAGUUAAUGGCGUGGAACCAGCUCCUAUUCCUAGCUACCUGAUUACUUGCUACCCAUUUGUUCAGGAAAACCAGUCCAAUAGGUAAUUAAAUAUAUUCUGUGACAAAAUAAAUGAAUGUAAACAUUUUCUGCAUCUGCCAUUUAGUUUUCUGUGUUCCCUAAAAUACUGGGAGGCUUUCACACUAAAAUUCAGCACUUAAAGCUGAAAUUUUGUGCAUGUUUUCUUGGGUGUAAGCUGUUCCAAACUUAGUGGCACUUGCUUCUGGGUAAACAUGUGAGGAUUAGAUUGCAUGUUAGUUGAAUAAUAUGGUUAUAGAAGGAACUUAUUUGCUUUCUCUCCAGGUUUUUUUUUUAACCAUUCAGAAAAAUCAUCUAUUUUUUUGUGUCUCCUGAAUGAAAGGUGGUGAGGCUCAGACCUUCAAGCCACCUCUUAAAUUUGCUACAGUAUCUGUUAGAGCAGCGAAAUUAGCUUCAUGCCACUUCCAAAAUGUGGCAGUGGCCUCCAUUUGCUGCCUUCUUUGCAUAGUUGCUGAGAAUAGAUGAAAGGCAGAAAACUGCUCAUAUUUUCACCGAGCAUAGGACUAUGAUGAAACCUCUGGAAACAUCAUGUAAUUCAGGUCUCCCUUUGAUGUUUAAGGCUGCAGUUGUAAUGCCAUUUACAUGAAAGUAAGCACCAUUAAGGGACACGGGUGGCGCUGUGGGUUAAACCAUAGAGCCUAGGGCUUGCCGAUCAGAAGGUCGGUGGUUUGAAUCCCUGUGACGGGGUGAGCUCCCCUUGCUUGGUCCCUGCUCCUGCCAACCUAGCAGUUCGAAAGCAUGUCAAAGUGCAAGUAGAUAAAUAGGUACCGCUCCAGCGGGAAGGUAAACGGCGUUUCCGUGUGCUGCUCUGGUUUGCCAGAAGCGGCUUAGUCAUACUGGCCACAUGACCCGGAAGCUGUACGCCGGCUCCCUCGGCUAAAAAAGCGAGAUGAGCGCCGCAACCCCAGAGUCGGUCACGACUGGACCUAAUGGUCAGGGGUCCCUUUACCUUUAAGCACCAUUAAUUGAGCAGAAUUUAAUUCUGAAUGGACAUUGUGAGGACUUGGCUAUAAGUUUACCUGUAAAAACAUAGGACUGCCAUGCUAGUAUAGCACUUGAUAUCUCACAAUAGUGUAAUACUUAGCUUGUGCAGUACAGUUUGGUGCAACUAGUUCCUCAUACCUCAAACUGGACAGCCAUAUGAACACAGUGGGGAAAUGUAUGUGGGAUGGACAGCACUUAGCACUUGCAAAAUCUUUCUUUUUGGUUUUAAAGGAAAGAAGUGGCGCUGGUGGACUCUUGCACACUUAGCCAUUCAGAAAGUGUAUUAUUCUCUUCCUCUCUGCAGGCAACUUCCGCUGUAUAACAAUGAUAUCAGAUGGCAGCAGCCUAACCCAAACCCUGCUGGUCCAUACCUUGCUUAUCCCAUUAUUUCUGCCCAGCCACCUGUUUCUGCUGAAUACACGUAUUACCAACUGAUGCCAGCACCAUGCGCCCAGGUCAUGGGCUUUUAUCAUCCAUUUCCAGCCCCUUACUCAGCACCCUUCCAGACAACAAGUGCCAUAAAUACAGUCACAGCAGAAUGCACGGAUCGCCCAACCCAACCCAACCAGGUCUUUUCAUUAUGUAGCCAGCAGAGUAGAAGCUCCAACAGGGGACCAGCUGUGCAAAAAGUAAGUCCAUUUAGCAAGCAACAUAAUUGAUGGAUGAAUGGCUAGUUUGGAAUAUAUUGGUGAAGUAUAUGUUUGUCAAUACAGUCCAACCUCAGUCCUCAAACGCCUCUGUUUUGGAACAUUUUGGCUCCCGAAUGCUGAAAACCCGGAAGUAAAUGCUCCGGUUUGCAAACGUUUUUCUGAAGCCGAACGUCUGACGCAGCUUCCUCUUGAGUGCAGGAAGCUCCUGCAGCCAGUUGGAAGCCGCACCUUGGUUGUUGAACAGUUCGGAAGCUGAACGGGCUUCUGGAACGAAUUACAUUCGACAACCAGGGUUUGACUGUAUCCAUAUCAUUGUUGUAAAACACUAUGCUGGGAUUGAAAAUCCUUUAAAAAAAUAUUUUACACCAGAAAUGGAAGAAUCUAGAAAAUAUUUUUGUACAGAGAAUAAACUUUUUGAAUUCCUCAUGCCUUAUCUGGGCAGCAUAAAGCACAACCUCUCAUUUGUGCCCUUUCUCAUUUGGCCCUCCAGCUGUUUUGGGACUACAAUUCCCAUCAUCCCUGACCACUGCUGCUGGUGCUGUUUGCUAGGGAUGAUGGGAGUUGUAGUCCCAAAACAGCUGGAGGGCCAAGUUUGGCCAUGCCUCGUUUAUGCAAUUGGGCAUGCACAAAAGCCCAAGCCUAGGUGUUGUGUGUUGCUGAUUCAAAACCUUUUCACAUGUAGACACACAUAUAUCAUAGUUUUUAUCUGAUACAGGUAUCAAAACUAACAAAAGUUAAAACAAGGUCCGUAUAAAAUGCACCUUUCUGAAAGAUAAAAUAGUUAUUUUUAUUUUUUGACUGCUUAGGAUUUGAGGAUAAAGCAGUUUGAAAAAAAUAAAGGACAUCCUUAGUUUAUUUUGCCAGCAGAAUAUGGUGGUCACUGAGCUGUCUAAAAAAUAGCCUUCCAAUAUAUUUUGCUGUAUCUAGUGCACACAAGUCCUGUUGAAUUCAGUAUGUUUUACACAUGUGCAAUUGGAGGCAAGAUUGUAACCACAGUGUCUGUACACGUCUGUUGUCUAGAGUAAUGUAAUGUUCACAGUUUUAUUUCUUAAAAAGUGGUACAGCAUCAGCCUAAUUUCAUUUUUGGUGUUUCUGAAGUGCUGUGGUAAGAUUGUAGUGUUGAAUUCGAUACAUUUUAAAAACCUUUACCCUUCCUUCUUGAAAAUCAUGAAUACCUCUAGCUCACAUCCAUGCAAACAUGAAUAGGUGUCAUAUUUAUGUACAGUGGUACCUCUGGUUGCGCACGGGAUCCAUUCCGGAGCUCCAGUCAGAUCCCGAGGAAUUCGCAACUGGAGGUACCUGUUCUGCACAUGCACACAACGUGGUAGAUGAAACCCGGAAAAAUACUUCCGGGUUUGCCACGUGCCUAACCCGAAGGAUACACAACCAGAGGUGUGCAUAUCCAGAGGUACCACUGUACUUGCUUUUGAAAUUUUAUUUUUAAAAUGGUUAAAUGACAGUUCUUAAAAAAACACAGGCAGCCAUACGGAUGUCAUAUUUUUAAAAACUCUUAAAAGCCACCAUAAUAGUAGAUUGCUGCUUUUGGCAAAUUAAUUCCAAAACGAAUUAAUAGUGUUUAAGUGCUGCCUAACCUCUGCUUAAGAUGUAUUAGUGCUGUUAAUUUAUCCAUUUGAGUUACCCUUAAUACUGUCUUCCAUAAUUCCAAGACUGAUAGAAUUCUGGACCAUUUCCAAUUCUUAAUUAUCAUACUUGGACACCUACCAAAAGGUUCUCAAUACAUUUUUAAAAAUCACACUUAACAGUUAUACUUCAGUAAAGCACUGUUACUGAAAUGUCAGAAUUUCAGCAACUAGACAUGCUAGGCUUGGGUUCCAAACACGUUGCAGUAGCUGGAACAUCAGAAGUGUGAAUGUACCUAAUGUAGAAAUCAUAGUUUAUUAGUUAUCAGUACAGAUAGAUGAAAGCCGCUUAGCAAAAUAUGAAAGAUCUUUAAACAAUGGACUGUGUUUGGUACUCAUUAUUUAUUCAUUGUUUUGUAUGGAACAUACGUUGAUUUUUUUGUUAAAGUGCUGAUUGGUCUAAGGUUAGUUUCCAAAUGUUUGCGGAUAAUAUUCAAUAAUCUUCUGUGGUUAUUUUCUAUGGAAAUUGUCUUUCCUAAACCAAGUCCACUGGCUUACCAAAUAAAUCUCUUUCCUUGGCUAAUCAUUUUAAACAGCAACAGCCUCCACAGAUACACAUAAAAAGCAAAAGGCCUCCAGUGAAAAGUGUUGCUAUCCAGAAAGAGACCAGUGCGUCGGGCCCUGAGAGCAGACCUAAAAUUGUACUCUUGGUGGAUGCUUGUCAGCAAACAGGUACAGUAAUAUUCUGUGCUUAAGUGAAAUUUCAUUGUACCUGAAAAGGUCCUUGUACAAAGCUUAUAUAGGAAUAUCUGUGAUGGAAGUAUUGGGUGUUCCUCCCAUUCUGAGAUGAUAUGCUUAAUCUGCCUUGGCUCCUGGGCAAGUUUACGUUGGCUAUUAGGCAUCAUUCAGGUGGUGUAUCUCCCUGCUUUGCCACUAAUGUUUCUAUCUUUUUAAGUCAAAUUUUAUUCAUUUAUUUUCUCAGAACAUAUUCUUAUGAACAUAAUCACAACUGACAAUAUAUUACUCCUUUCAGUCUAGCUGCCCAAGUCCGAAAAUGGUCCAGUCAGGACCAACUAUGCUGAAUGGCCACAGAAUGCUGACCAGGGCAGAGGGAAUGGAAUAUGGGGAAGAAGGAAUAGUUUCUUAAAAAUGAGCAUAAUUAACUAGAAUCUGGGACAUUUCCCACACAACAUAGCAACAGCUGUUCUUAUUUGUUUUUAGCAUUUUGUAUUUGAUCUGUGCUGUUUUAAUUUGUGUAGCACUCCUUGAGUCCCAUUGUGGGGGGAAAGUGGGCUAUAAAUAAAAUAAAAAUAGGUACCAUCCAUUGCCUAUUUUGCACUUUAGAAACUCAAGCACCAAGGCUGUAGAAGGAAGCGGAAAUUAUUGCCAUCUGUACUUGUAACAAAACUCUCUGGCAAUGGGUUGUUCUAGAUAGCUAUCUAGAAUGCCUGAUAAUUCUAUUACUACUGUGACAGCUCUUCUUAACUGCUUGUAUGUUUGUGGAAGAAGACUAGGUUGCUUCAAAGGACUGUUGGUUCUUAGUAAUCCCACUUGCCUUGCAUUGCAGACUUUCCAUCAGAGAUCGCAAGCAAAUCACUGUCUGAGAGUGUGAGCGCCAUGCACUGGAAACCAAAAAGCAGGCGGCGGCGAACCUCCCAUCCUGCAGAAUCCUCUAGUGAGCAAGGGGCUAGCGAAGCAGACAUUGAUAGUGACAGUGGUUAUUGCAGUCCUAAACACAGCAACCAGGCUGCUGGUGUGACCUCAAGGAGCACAGAAUCUGCUGCAUCAAAUGUAGGUAAACGCCUGAAGUGUUUAAAAGGGAUGAAGAUGGCACAAAAUAAGCAAAAUCUUAAAAUCUCUUCUUUUUUAAAAUUUUCAGAUGAUGGAACCAUCAAUACAUCCAGGUAACUUUCAUAUAUAUAGAGAGAUCAAAAAAUCUCAAGCACUCAAGCUUUGCUGUUUUUGCCAACAUUCUCUUCCUAACAGCAUCAAUAAACCACCUUUUUUUCUAUUGUCCUUCCGUCUGAUAAAUAUGCCAGGCCUGAGGUGAAAAUUAAGCUCCAUAAGAAAUGCAUAUAAGGCUUCAUUUUUAAUUGUGCAUUCCUUCUUAUGUUAACACAAUGCAAGUAACUUGCAGUAAAGGAACAAAUAAAUGGUCGUUUAGAAAGAAAACGUUGUACUUGGCAGACAAUACACAUGGGAGUAAUAGCUAUAACAAGCCACUUUCAUUCAAAAUUAUCUGAUGUGAACCAUUAGAACAGGUAAAACUACUGAAAACAGGAAGUAAUUUUACAGGGUAUAUAUACACAGAGCUAGAUUUUGCACCUAGCUGUCUCUCCCUAUAUGUAUAACUUUCAGUACUGUUGGAGAAUGGAUAUAUUUUUUUACACUUUUUUUUCAUACAUGGAGUAUUUCCUUAAAUGUCUGCGGCGUUUAUUUCAGGAGCCGUCAGUUGGGCAAGUGUCAGUUCCCAAGCAACUCAGAAAAAGCCUUGGAUAGAGAGAACACCUGUUUUCUCAAGAGGUGGACGGCAACCUGAGCAGUGUAGUAACUCACAGGUAACCUUUUACUAUGAAAACCCUAAACUUAGUGUAAGUUUUGCAGGUUAAGCAGGGCUGUACAUCAGUUUCUUUAAAAGAUGAAAACUACUGUAGAAAGCAUGUAAAACUGGCAGACUUGUACCAUGCAUUGAUUCAGAGCUAUAGAGAGCAUUUGGGGAUACAGUGGUGCCUCGCAAGAUGAAUGCCUCGCAAGACGAAAAACACGCAAGACGAAAGAGUUUUCCGUUUUUUGAGUCGUUCCGCAAGACGAAUUUCCCUAUGGGCUUGCUUCGCAAGAUGAAACGUCUUGCGAGUUUUUGCGAGUUUGUUUCCUUUUUCUUAAAGCCGCUAAGCCGUUAAUAGCCGCUAAGCCGUUAAUAGCCGCUAAGCCGCUAAUAGCCGUGCUUCGCAAGACGAAGAGACUCGCGGAACGGAUUAAUUUCGUCUAGCGAGGCACCACUGUAUCAUUAAAGGGCACAUGAGAUUUAUAACCAUUUAGUCAUGAUAAGAGUUAUUUCAUGAUAGUUGGGAAAAGUACCAGUCCAUAAUAUGUUUUGGGUUGUGUUUUUUUAAUGCACGUGUAGCCUGCCUUUAGAUGUAGGGGACAUAGCACAUCUUCAGAGAGAAGACAGAACUUGCAGAAGAAACACGAGAAGCCUAUAACCAUAAACCAGUCAAACAGAACCGAGCCAAGUCCUGAGCCCCUCUAUUUUGAGGUAACUUUUUUAUUAAUUCAUAGUAAUUGUCACACAAAACCCUCACUGAAAUUUUUGAGUGGACGAUGGCGGCCUUGUAAUUGGUUUAUCCUGUUUUGUCAGCUCCACUCCACCCUGUCUGCCUCUGGAAGAAGCGAACCAUAAGGAUUUGCUCGAUGUUACUUGCAAAUCUUGUGGUUUCUUUCUUUCUAAACAAACAAUGAGUAGAAGCCAAGAUUUGUUCUUUGCUUGCCGUUUGCAGUUUGUUUGGAAGAAGCAACCUGUGGUUACUGGUUCACACAUAAUCCUAAGCCAGGUUUCAUGGUUUGUUUCUCCUGGAGGCAGGCAGAGCUGAAUCCAUGAACCAGAGCUCCAUGCACCAGCAUACUGUUCACUGUUCAGAGUGAGCCUUGGUUUUAUUUUUGACCAUGGAUUAUUGAACUAUAUGGGGAACCUUGGGGCCCGAGGCAGAAUGCCACCCUCCAGGUCUCUCUAUCUCCCGCUUUGGCCUUGCUUCCUCCUUGAGCAUUUUUGCCUGGCUUGCUUGUGUCACUCGACUCAUUAAACUUCUUGCUUGCUUGGAUGCCAAACAAAGAGGGAUUGGGGAGUGUGUGUGUGUGUGGAAAUUAUUGUACAAAGGUACAAAUGUUAUCUGUUGCUCUUCCCAUUUCUGUUUCUGGCACUACCCACUACUAUCAGGUAGCCCCUGAAAGACUGCCCAGGAGGACCUGUGGCCCUCGGGUUCCCAACACCAGGAUUAUUAUUAUGUGCAAAGAAGGCUGUUUUUGUCUCCUACAUAAUAGGCAUUCUCAUUUUGAAAGCAUAUAAACUUGCCUUUCAAAUUUCAUUGUUACUUUUUAGUGUGUCCUAGAAUCUUGCUGCCAGCAUCUUCCCUUCUCUAAUUGUUGCAUGACGAGUGUCUCAUGAUUGGGCAAGUUAUUCUUUUUUAAGCAUUGCAGAAUGGCAUCUGCUAACUCUGCUAAUGGCUUAAGUGAGGCCUUGGUGCCUAGUAGAGAUAGAGCCAUGCAAACUAAAUUCAUUUCAAAUCCUCCCAAUAUUUUUAUUUAGGAUGAAGACGAAUUUCCAGAGUUAAACAGUGAAAAUGGAAAUUCCAAGGGUGGUAAUAUGCAGCUGAAACAUGCCCCUAAAGUGGUAAGAGGCUUUUAUAAUGUAAAUAGUAUUUUGAUUUAAAUUAGCUGCUUUUCUUCGCUAGAUAUUGUGAUUGACUAUUGAUAAUGCAGCAGCAGUGAAUGCUUCUGUUCUGUGGGGGUGGAGAAAAAGAGAAUGUGCUGGAACGAGGUGCAGAAUUCAGUUUCAUAAGAAUAUUUGCUUUUAAAGAAGGAAGCAUGUUUCUAGCCCUUUAUGGCUUGGAUUAUAUGCCCGAAAGUAUGAUCAAUGUCUGCUGAAAUCUCAAAAGCCAGAGGUGGGGAAGGAGCUUCAACACCUUGCAUAGCUCGUUAUUCUAGUCAUGACUGGAGUAAUAAUUGGAAUAACUAAUGCAAAAUAGAAGAGUACUGUUUUCCCCCUCCAUGUGCAUAUACCAGCAGCAAGUAAAAAGAUUCAGCCUUUCUGGAGUAAAUCAUUCAUGCUAGUAAUAUUUUGAGUCUCUAGAUUAUUUAUGAGUUGCCUUUUUCAUGUGACCUCAAAGCCAUUGGUAGAGGACUGCAGCUGCAAAUAAUUGCUUAGACUUAACUGAGAUACUGUUUAAAUAAAGCACUCAGAUCACUUAGGGAGUCCUAUAUGAGUGUACUAAGUUGUGUGCUGAUACAGUUGAGGUAGUUUGGGAAACAAGGUCAACUUGGGCAAGUUUGUGAUGAGCUAUGCUUUCUGUUGUAACACCUUUAAAGCUGUGCUCCCUCUCCUUGUUCACCCUAGUUGGAUGGUUUACCCGAAAAUUCUCCAAUCAAUAUUGUACAGACUCCAAUUCCAAUCACCACAUCUGUUCCUAAACGGGCAAAAAGUCAAAAGAAGAAAGCCCUAGCAGCAGCACUGGCUACAGCUCAAGAGUAUUCAGAAAUUAGCAUGGAGCAAAGAAAACUCCAGGUCUGUUCUUUUUUAUGUUAUAAUCGUGAUUGGCUGCAUAUUUAAAUCAGGGACAGCCAGCUGGAAGCCUCCGGCCUGGGUACAAUCCCCAAAGCAAUCAUAAUUACCAAAGGAGCCCUGGUGAACCUACCAAAAAGUUCAUACAUCUUCACUUGCAAGAAGAAUGUUCAAGUUGUAAUAUUUCCUAGAAUUACAUCUCUCCUUCUAGGUUUUGUAUGUACUGCCUUGGCUAUGCCUUUGUUGUUUGUAAGCACAAAAAUAUUAUUGCUAUAUUGAACCAACGGUAUCUUCUAGCACCCCACCCUCGGGAAAACAGAUUAAACACCAAAAUCAGGCACCCCCAGCCUUUGGCCCUCCAGAUGUUUUGGACUACAAUUCCCAUCAUCCCUGACCACUGGUCCUGCUAGCUAGGGAUCAUGGGAGUUGUAAGCCAAAACAUCUGGAGGGCCGCAGGUUGGGGAUGCCUGGCCAAGAUCAUGGGAAGUUUAUAAUGCCUGGUUUAAGUUAUGCCUCUGGUCACUGGAGGUGAACUGUAGUACUUUUAUUCUGAUUAUAGGAAGCAGUUUCAAAAGCAGCUGGAAAGAAGAGCAAAACACCUGUGCAGUUGGACUUGGGGGAUAUGCUAGCCGCUCUUGAAAAACAGCAGCAAGCUAUGAAAGCUCGCCAGAUCACAAAUACCAGGCCCCUUUCCUACACAGGUGGGUGCAUCUCUCUUGGCUGGUUUUUAUAGCUAAUAGUUUCUCAGCUGUUUUCCACCUAAGGCUAACCUGUGGUCCUCCAAAAUCUGUUGGACUGCAGUGGCAAUCGGCCCCAACCAGUGUGCCAAAUGGUUGUAGAUGAUCGGAGUACGUUUUUGUUAUUCAGUAAAUGUUCGUACCAUUCUGUAUGAUGAAUAAAGUCAGGUUGGCUUGCGUAUGUAAUAUUAAAUGUCAGGGUGGCUUAUUAUAUUUAUAAAAAAGUAUAGAAUACAAUAAUGCAUUAAAACCAGUACUACAACUACUACUACUACUACUACAACAACAACAACAACAACAACAACAACAACAACAACAACAACAACAAUUUAUUAUUUACACCCCCCCCCCCAAUCUGGCUGGGUUUCCCCAGCCACUCUGGGUGGCUUCCAACAAAAGAUUAAAAAUACAUUAAAACAUCAUACAUUAAAAACUUCCCUAAACAGGGCUGGCUUCACAUGUCCUCUAAACAUUAGAUAGUUCUUUAUUUCCUUGACAUCUGGUGGGAGGGCAUUCCACAGGGCUGGUGCCACUAUCGAGAAGGCCCUCCGCCUGGUUCCCUGCAACUUCGCUUCUCACAGUGAGGGAACCGCCAGAAGGCCCUCGGCGCUGGACCUCAGUGUCCAGGCAGAAUGAUGGGGGUGGAGACACUUCUUCAGCUAUACUGGGCCGAGGUCGUUUAGGGCUUUAAAGGUCAGCACCAACACUUUGAAUUGUGCUCGGAAACAUCCUGGGAGCCAAUGUAGGUCUUGCUAAGCCAGCAGCAGAAAGCAAUUCCUUGUUACAAAUGACCAGCUGCCCGUAAAUGCUUUGGUGAACAGAGACGUUUUCAACUGCUGUGGAAACUCAUAAAAUAUAGACUACAAUUAUAUUUCUGCUGCGAGUAAGUCCUAUAGCCAGGGUGCUACCACAGAAAAGGCCUUAUAUUGAGUCACUGCCUGAUGCACUACAGUAAAUGGCAGAACCUCCAGAAGGGCUGCUUCUUCAGAUCUCAGGACCUAGGCACCUACAGAUGUUUGGAUUUCAAGUUGUUCAGGGCUUUAUAUGUCAACAGCAACAUUCUGGAUGCUUCUGAGCCCAAUUCAGUCAGUGCAACUCUCUCAUAAAACUGAUGUCAUAUGGCUUCAAUAAGCUACACCACUUGGCAGUCUGUCAGCUACUUUCUGCACUAGUUUACACUUCUGAAUCCCCUAAAAGGGUGGCUCCAUGUAGAGUGGAUAAUAAUACAGCGCUAUUAGGAUCCGGGGGUGGGGGGGUGGGAGCUAUGGUUCAAAUCUCCACUCAGCCUAAUCUGGCUAACAGUAUUGUUGCAAGGAUAAAACGCAAGCCUCCGCAAUUUCAAAAAAUGGUUUCUGUGUGGCAAUCCUCCUUGAGUGUAUGAGGCUGGCUGUGCAGUUAUUUGAAAGCCAGCCAAUUCUGCUAACAAUUGAAAUAACAUACUAUUAAUUUUAAGGGACAUGCCAUGUUUCUGUUUCCUUGCUGAGCUAAAGUGUUCCUGCAAAACAGUAGACUAAACCGAAUACUAGUUUAAAGCCAUCUGGAAGCAGAAUCGUUCCAUUGUGUAACUUUCCUGUCAUUGUUGUCGGUUUUUGUUUCCAAUGAGAGGAAAAGGCUUUUGUAACAAGGGGAGGGGGGGUUUGCUAACGUUGGUUUUCUUUCAGUAGUAGGGGUUAGCGUAAUGGUUGUCUUGAUUUCAUUCAGUUGGCAGUGCUGCACCUUUUCAUGCCAAAGAACCUGCCAGCCGAAAAUCCUUAACUAAAGGACAGCCGUCAGUGGGUUGUCUCAAUCCUUUGGACUCCACUGCCCCAAAAGUGAAACGAGGAAAAGAAAGGGAGCUCUCAAAGCUGAAGCGUCCAACAGCACUUAAAAAGGUAAGCAGUUUCUAGAAUGUUGCCUGUGGACAUGGUGAUCAUGACUCCUAAUGGCCCAGCUUAUUUUAUUUUAUUUUUAUUGAAAGCAGGAGACAGGAUAAGUUUCCAUUCAUGAUCAUGACAUAUGGUUCCCCUCCCACCCAGAUGAUAGGAACAAGCAGAGCACCAAGGAAGCCAACCAGCCAAUCAAUACUGUCUCAGUAAAAGUGCUUGAUUCAAAAAAUGGUCUCCUUGUUCACAAAAACACAGUUCCCUUGAUGAGCUGUUCUUCUCUUUGCCCCACAGCAUCUAUUUCUGUGUUAAUUCCCAGGGUUUGCCCACAGUGACUUGUGCUGUGGGCCAAGCUGCCAAUCUAAGGGUCGCCUAUAUUUAAGGUCAUCUUUCUCAUUCAGUGGCCUCUCUGCAAAGGCUGAUACUGUAUGCCCUUAAGACCAGUUGUGUUAUUUCCAGCGGAUGAAAAGUGGACAUUUUACGCCACAAAAAGCUAAAAGGUUAUAUUUGCUUGUUUCUUUUCGGCAGCCCCCUUUGCAUGCACAGCAACAACGCUGCCUCUGACUCUCCUGCACUCCAGCCCCGGGUCAGGCUUGACCUGGAAGUGCAGCUGCUGCAACCGGGUGUGAGAAAGCUGCCUCAGUAGCUCCCUUGCAUGCCGGAGCCAGGCUUCAAUGAGGGAGCAUGUCAUGGGGGUGCCUGGUUGCGCCCCUUCCAAAAAAUGUGCCUGGGGCUAUGGCCCAGUUAUGAUGUCUGGGUCACAGGCUAACCACAUACUUUAUCUGUACCAGAGAGCAUAAAGCUGGUAAUCACUAUCUUGUUAACUGUGUAGGAUAUGGCCCAUAAAAGGCAUUUAAUGAACAACGCAGCCUAAAUGGCUUUCCUUUAUACAUUUUGGGAUCCCAAAGAUUUUUACAAUGUCCCAGGUACAUUGAGAUUGUUGAAUCGGUUAAUCAUAAAUACUGUUUUGCACCACUUCUAAAUAAUAGCCGUAUCAAUUUAAAUACAGUGGAAUCUUGGGUUAAGUUAACCUCGGGUAACGUAAACUUCGGGUUGCGAAAGCAGCAAACCUGGAAGUGUUUCGCCGUGCGCACAUGCGCGGAAGUGUUCUACCACCGUGCGUGCAUGCACAGAAGCGGUCUCUUCAGUUGCGAAAACUUUGGGAUAUUGCCGGACCUCCGGAAUGGAUCCCAUUUGCAACCGGAGGUACCACUGUACUUGAUUAUUGUUGCAUGGUUUUAUUUGCAGGUGUGUGAGCAAAGGAUUUUGGGGGGAGAAAAGUGUUUUUCAAUUCUGACUUAUUUUCAUAUGUUGCUGUGUUUUCUUCUUAAAAAGAAAGCAUGCAAAAGUCAGGCAUAACAAGGGCUUGGAUCCAGUGAUGUCCUAUGUUAGCAGAAAGGCACCUCUGCUUAUGCAAGACAGCACCACUGAAUUAUCCCAACUCUUCUCCGUCUUGCUACAACCUCCAGGGCCCUGUUCUGCGCUGUUUUGGGGGUCCAUUGAUCCUCCAGAGCAGCUUUGAAUGAUGGGGUGGUGUCUAGCUUGUACAACAAGAUUUUCUCUCCCCCAUCUCUCAGAUCCUACCCAAUAUGAAACAAAAUAAUACAGUUGUGAGGAGGCUAAGUUAGCUAUUGCACAUACAUAAAAAUGACAACUAAUGGAUUCGCCACUCCAGAGAGAAGGAAAUUGAAAUUUGCAAUCAUCAAGUAUCAUGUUCUUGAAAUAAAAGAUUGCAUGUGCCACUGAGGAGCACAGCAAGAUUUAAAAUCAUCUGGCAAUUGAAAUCACUAUUUGCCCUAAAUAUUGGCAGAUAGAUUUAUUAUUCUCUGGUUUGCAAUAAGGAUAUAAUUUUAUAAAUGUGGUUAAUCUUUUCUUUAAAAGAACUAUUCUGUUUUAGAAUAUUUGAUUAUGUAUAUGAUACUAAUCUUAGUAACGUAUUGUAUAUUAUAAUAUAUUCCCAACUUUUACAUUGUUUCCUAAUUUUCUUUUGAAACGGGUAAUUUUCCUUUCUCGUGGUGUUUAUAAAAAAUACAAUUUUUUCCUGCUGUCCCUUUAUCGUUCAGAACAUCCACCCACUUCUGAAAAAUGACUUGCACUUAGGAACAAAAGAUCCACAUUAAAUUUGCUAUCCCUUUUUCUACAAAGCAGCAAGCUUAUUAAUUUGUAGAAGAAAUUAGCAUUGCUCACAUUAUCCUAAACUGUCUCUCCACCCCACCCCCCAGAUUAUCUUGAAAGAAAGAGAAGAAAAAAAGGGACGCUUAUCUGUAGAUCAUACCCUUCUGGGAGCUGAUGAAGAACAAGAGGUGAAUCUGACUCCAAAUCAGUCAGAAGACAUAGCAUCUCAAGAAGGUCAGAACUCUAAAGAUUGAACUGAAAUAUCUGUCUAGAUACAGUAAUAUGCUUUACAGUAUUCCCUGUGUGCAUGUAUGUGCCCUUGAACAUUUUGUUUGUUUGUAAUUUUAAGUAGAGUUACUAAAUCAGGAGCUCUGUGUCUUGCCUAUGGCAAGUAUUGUUUUACUUAGGAAUUUGGACCAGAAACAGUAAGCUUUGUACAUGUUUUUAAUCUAAAUUGUAAAUAUAAUGUCACUCCAGAAGCUAUUUUAGCCUUUCAAGAGCAGUAGGAGUCUGUGGAGGGGCAGCUGAAGAGCCUCUACAGCAGGCUUCCUCAACCUUGGCCCUCCAGAUAUUUUUGAGAUUACAGUUCCCAUCAUCCCUGAUCACUGGUCCUGCUAGCUAGGGAUCAUGGGAGUUGUAGGGCCAAAAAAAACAUGGAGGGCCAAGGUUGAGGAAGCCUGCUCUAUAGUAACAUAGUCCAUGACUUGGCAGCCUCAACAUCUCAGCCUAUAAGUUUUAAAAAUUGUCUUGUUAGUUAAUUGCUAGCUGUAGUUUAAUAUUUCCCCCCCAACUGAAAACAAAACAAAACAAAAAAAACCAGCACAGCAACCACAUGGUGUCAGUGCACCAUUGUUUUGAUGCACAAAAGCUGGAUCUGUCAGAUCAUACUAUUGGCUAGUCUGGUUUACAGUGUUGGGUUCUUUUGAAAGUGUAAUGGUGGCGUAAAGGAAUGAUAUGUUCCAGUGAUCCACACAGAUGCUGUUUUUGACCUUAUUAUUUUCCUGUUACAGAAACCGGCUUGAGUGUGCCGAGUGACACUUCACUCUCUCCGGCAAGCCAAAAUUCUCCUUACUGCAUGACUCCGGUAUCCCAAGGCUCACCUGCCAGUUCAGGAAUAGGUAGCCCAAUGGCUUCUUCAACCAUCACGAAGAUUCAUAGCAAGAGAUUCCGAGAGUAAGAGCUGUUUUUAAAAACUAACCUUCUGCAUCACUUGUCCAAUAAAAUGUGUGUUACAAUGUAAGUAGAAUGAUAGAAUUGUAGAGUUGGAAGGGAUCAUGAAUUUCAUCUAGUCUAGCCCCUUGCAAUGCAGAAAUCUUUUUGCCCAGUGUGGGGCUCAAACCCAUGACCUUGAGAGUAAGAGCCUCAUGCUGUACCAACUGAGCUAUCCCACAGAGUUUAGUUUAUAAUGGACCAAAAAAACCCAAGUUCAGCCCAUGCUGCAAAGCAUGACAGUUGCACUUAAAUAAAUCCCAGCUAUGGUAUGCAUAGUGUAUCAUAGACAGGAGAGAAGGUAUCUGCACCCCAAACAUAUUUGGAUAUCUUAGUCAAGUCAUAACUAGAAGAGAAUACAAAAAUAGGUAUUCUUAGCCAAUCCUGAUGAGAGGAGGAUUUUGUAAAUUACCCUUUGUGACAGACCACCUGUCUUUGCUUUACCUUUCUGUUCGAGUGCCUGGGGUUACUUUGAGUAAUACUAGGUUUUGGUAUUCUGGAUACCAAUAUUUGGUUCUCUAAAUGAUUUUAGGAUAGAUUUUUGGGGGAGAUACUUUAGUUUAGCCGGUUUGUAUCAGAAACUUCUGUGCCAUAUUCUCUGCUAGUUUGAAAUUUGGAAUAACUGACAAAAUAAAAACAAUGAUUCUAAAAUUACACAAAGUUGUAGACAUAAAUGGCAAAUCUGCCAUGAAAUAUCAAGAUAAACUUAAAUAUGUUUAAUGAAAAGCUCUUUUAAAAAGGAAUGCUUCAGCAGCCAAAAGUACAGUGGCCAGGCAGAUCUUGUGUGGAAGAAAAUUCCCUUUCCAGCAUCUUCCCUAACCUCACCUUAGAAAAGGAUGGGGCAUUCGGUGUGGUCUGUCCUUCUGAUAUAAAACCCUCUCUAAAGUAUGAAGGUCCUGCUCUGAUAAUGGCUUUAAAACCAGCACCAUAAUUUGGGCUUGGAAACUAUUAGCCUAGGCAGUUGUGCUUAAGAUAAGAGGUAUUCAUUCUCCAUAGCCAAGCAAAUACGCAGCAGGAAUUUGCAUCAGCUGCAGCUUCUGAAUAGUGUAGUUAUAUGUAAUAUUUCAAAUUACCUAGCACAGGUAACAGAGACCAGAGCUCCAUCAGUGAAGAAGAGGGUCCAAUUGGCUCACCAACUAUUCCUGGAUUCCUGUGAUAUUUUGCCCUUUCACACAACACUUGUAAAUUACAUUUGUACAUGUUUCCAGAUGCUGAAGUCAUCUUGCCAUUGAAAAACAAAAUGAGCAAAACAAUUUUCAAGUGACGUGGAAAAAGUAUGGAAGGCCUGCAUUCAGGGCAGCCUUGUAAAUAACCCCAAGGAAGAUACUAACCUCCAAAAUACUUUAUUACCCUGCUGGUGGCUCAUUUCUUUCUCCUCUCUAUCUUUGUGUGGAGUCAAAAGGAGAAAUGGAGUGCUUGGUCAUCAUUAACUUGCUUGCAGUUCCUUAUUUCCUGUGGCUACCAGGUGACAAAUACAAGGCUGACCAAAGAGCGAAUGUGGUGGCUUGAAAUUGCUUUUUAAACAUUCAUAAGCUGUGACUGGAGCUUAAGGAACACAGAGAUAUACUACUUGCCAGGCUUUUUUUCUAUAAAAAAAGAGGUGCUGGAACUUGCUGAGGUUUUUAAGGGAAGCACCCACCCAAAGCUGUUGAGCUUUUUCCAGCUGAAAAAAAAGCCCUGCUUCCUGCAGUGCAGAUAGAAAGGCUUUAAAGUGAUCUUUAAGUGGAAGACCAGGGUUCAAAUCUGGAUUUGUCCAUGAAGCUCCCUGAGCCAGGCAUGAUCUCUCGGCCUAGCCUACCUCACACGGUUGGUGAAAGAAAAGAAAAUGAUGAAGGGGAGAACCAUGUACACCACCAUAAGCUCAUUGAAAGAUAGGUGUGUUAUACAUGCAAUAAUCAAAAUAAAAUAAAUAUAUAGCUUUGGGCUACUUAGCAGAUUAAAGUACAGUGGUACCUCGGGUUACAUACGCUUCAGGUUACAGACGCUUCAGGUUACAGACUCCGCUAACCCAGAAAUAUUACCUCAGGUUAAGAACUUUGCUUCAGGAUGAGAACAGAAAUCGUGCUCCGGUGGCGCAGCAGCAGCGGGAGGCCCCAUUAGCUAAAGUGGUGCUUCAAGUUAAGAACAGUUUCAGGUUAAGAACGGACCUGUGGAACGAAUUAAGUACUUAACCUGAGGUACCACUGUACCUGGGUAUUUUAACACAAGCUUUUCUCUCAUAUAGAGGGAUGAGCUAAAGGACUUCAGAAAAGUGUAAAAACCUUGAGGAAAGGAUAGUGAAAGCAGUUUGGCCUUCUUGAACUUUGUCUUAUUGUAUCCCUUCUGACUUUACAGGUACUGUAAUCAAGUUCUAAGCAAAGAAAUAGAUGAGUGUGUGACCCUCCUGUUGCAAGAGCUUGUCAGCUUCCAAGAACGAAUUUACCAAAAGGACCCCAUGAGAGCAAAAGCAAAGAGGAGGCUUGUGAUGGGUUUACGCGAGGUUACAAAACACAUGAAGUUAAACAAGAUCAAGUGUGUUAUCAUUUCUCCAAACUGUGAGAAAAUCCAGUCAAAAGGUAUUAAUGAUUAUCUCUGGUGGACCACCUUCUCUUACAGCUUCGGUCUGGUUCUCUGCUUCAACACGGAAUCAUUUUUGUUUCUUUUUGCCUAUGCUGUUUUUUAUUCUACGGGGCACUGAGGGGCUUUCAAAGAGUUGUGUGCAGAGUACCAUGUGCACGCUGGGGCUUUUCUGUCUCCCUUUCCUCCUGCAGCUCCUUUCACCCCUCGAGAAGCCCCUGCAGAGGAAUGCAGAAUGAUUUUGUGUGGCGCAGAGCCUGCCGAUGGGGCAGGGGUUGUGGGCAGAAGACACAAGCAGAUGUCAUGACAUGCACACACUUUAUGCACUUUCUACUUGCACGGGAGGAGGGAUUGCAACCUGGCUCACACAUAGCUUGAAGCCAAAACUGGCUUAGCAGAAAUAAGUACAUGUGUGGGCUUCCGGAGAGGAGAUCAUGGCUGCUUUGCUUCUCUCCUCCAUUUGUUCUGCUGCUGCACUAAGGCAUAGUCCACCUUAACAUGUUGUUUGAACUUGGGCUCAUGGUUUAAGUGUACGCCAGACAAAACCGCAAGCUGUAACCAAAGUUGGUCUUUUGGCUUACAGCUUGUGGAUUUUCUGGGAGCACUGAACCACAGGCCUGGUUCAGACAAUACGUUAAGCCAGUACAAGUUUAGUGCGACACAGCAGUCACGAUCUCUGUGGAAGCCCACACAUCUGCUCAUUCGCAAUUUGGCUUGGCAUUGUCCUAACAAGGGCUUUAUAUUUUAAUUGAACUUCCUGUCUAAGGCCUUUAGACUUUUUCUUUAGAACCUUAUCUUACUGAUAAAAAUAAGUUGGCUUAAUGUAGCAAUUUAGCCAUCAUUUUAUCCUUACAUAUGUAGCAUCUUAAAACUGGCAAAUUAUAUUUAAUUAUAUGACUGAAUUUUGAGCUGCAGCCAGUACCAACUUCCUGACUCAUGUGCCUGUGUGCUGCGGGUUUUUGUGACAUCCGCAUUUUGUGUUUUUUUGGUAUGCUCUUAAAUCUUAGCUCUUUGCCUAAAAUACAGAAUGUGUGAAAGGUUUUAAUAGUUCUUCAUCCUGUGCUGCAUUGAUACAAUUUUCAUUGGUUGGAAAUGUGUAGUUGGACUUAAGCAUUUGAUUAUUGAUGUAAAGUUAGCAGACUUUAAACUAGUUAUGAGGAAGUUCUUCACAAUUUAAUCUUCUGUUGUUCUCCCGGCAUGUACCAAGGUGGACUGGAUGAAGCUCUGUACAACGUAAUAGCCAUGGCACGGGAACAAGAAAUCCCCUUUGUCUUUGCCCUGGGUCGUAAAGCUCUUGGUCGCUGUGUGAACAAGCUAGUUCCUGUUAGUGUGGUGGGAAUCUUCAAUUAUUCAGGUGCUGAGGUAAGAGCAUAUAAAUCAACUCUGCCACUAUGCUGUGAAUUCUUUCUGUUUCACUGAGUUCCUAAGAUUACAGUGGUACCUCGGGUUACAUGCGCUUCAGGUUACAUACGCUUCAGGUUACAGACUCCGCUAACCCAGAAAUAGUGCUUCAGGUUAAGAACUUUGCUUCAGGAUGAAAACAGAAAUCGUGCUCUGGUGGCGCGGCGGCAGCAGGAGGCCCCAUUAGCUAAAGUGGUGCUUCAGGUUAAGAACGGACCUCCGGAACGAAUUAAGUACUUAACCUGAGGUACCACUGUAUUCAUAAUGGUGCCUGACCCAUGCCACAUAUCCCAUUACUGAGCUUUGUAUGUGUUGCGUUCUCCACACUUUUGAAGUAACCCAGAUCAAAUCCUCCUCUUCGCACACGUCCAUGCAUCCUAAAACGUGAAGAGUACUGCCUGCCCAUCAAAUGCGAUACACAAGAAGCAUGAGAGUAGAGUCAGGCUCCUGCUUUCAAAUGAGCACUCUUGCAGAAAUCUAAUUGGUUCCUUCACAGAAUUUCGAAGAAUGACAGGAAAUGAGCCUGGAAAAAGAGCAGGCUAAAAAUACACUAAAAGCACUUACCCAUUUUUGACACGUGAAUAUGGGCCAUAUCCGAUAUUAAAUGUGUGUCUUUUUUUUCUCUUAAUCGGAAGAGAAAUUGGAGUGAGAGCCAGAAAUCUCAUCUUCAUUAAAUAUUAAGGAAAGUGGCUCACAAUGUUUUUACAAAACGUAAGUGUCAUAUUCACUAGGGAGUGCUCUGUUAAGUAAAAUGAUGCUUCCAUUUUGCACUAAGCUACACCAUUCAGUGGAACACACAUACCCCUGCCCCCCCCCCCAAUUUCAAACUAGGCUUUAUAAUUCAGAUGUAAUCAAAGGAUCUUAUUUUAUCUACAUUUUAUUGCCAUGCCUAAUUUUAGUUGGCAUGUAGAAUUUUAGCUGGUGCAGAACUAGAAUGUUUUUUUUUUGCUAUCCCUAUAAUGAAUUUCUUCAGCCAAGUGAUACCCUUAUGUGGCUAGGAUCUAGGGAUGAAUUCCAGUCCAUGGUAAUUUAACAAGUGUUUACAAGCCAGUUUCAUUCUGUUUCUGCAUUAAGCUGCAAUUUCAGAGAGAGUGUGUAAACUUAGUUUAUCUCAGCAUAUUCAUGUCUAAAUAUGGGUGGUAUUCAGCUAAAGUUUACUCAGAGUAGACCCAUUUAAAUUAAUGAACCUGACCUAAGUUUAGGUCCAUUAAUUUCAUUGGUUCUACUAUGAGUAAACCUUACCUGAAUACCUCCCACUUAAUUCUAAAUUACAUUUGUAAUGCAUUUUAUUACAUUUUGGGUGACUGACAACCCCAGAUCUUGGGAUACAAAAGAGCAAAAUCCAGACUAUAAUUCUGUUCCAUUCCACAUGUUAGUGUUGGUUUGUAUCAGCAUUCCAAGAAAUCAGAUUCCUCAAACAUCCCUCAAAGACCAUUGUCUAUACCUCUAGCUAGUGUGCAGUUCUUUCUCCCAACUUGAUCCACAAUCCCUGUGGAUCUAUAAACUUGAGGCUAUCAGUAGGUAAGGUUACUACUGUUUCAACUAUCUCCUUCUGAACUACCAUGGUACAGUCUUUGGGUCGCAGAAUGAGAGGCUUGUUGGUUUCCCUCCUCAGAUUCCUUGUUGUUGUUUAGUCGUUUAGUUGUGUCCGACUCUUCGUGACCCCAUGGACCAGAGCACGCCAGGCACUCCUGUCUUCCACUGCCUCCCACAGUUUGGUCAGACUCAUGUUUGUAGCUUUGAGAACAGUGUCCAACCAUCUCGUCCUCUGUCGUCCCCUUCUCCUUGUGCCCUCCAUCUUUCCCAACAUCAGGGUCUUUUCCAGGGAGUUUUCUCUUCUCAUGAGGUGGCCAAAGUAUUGGGCCUCAGCUUCACGAUCUGUCCUUCCAGUGAGCACUCAGGGCUGAUUUCCUUAAGAAUCAAUAGGUUUGAUCUUCUUGCAAUCCAUGGGACUCUCAAGAGUCUCCUCCAGCACCAUAAUUCAAAAGCAUCAAUUCUUCAGUGAUCAGCCUUCUUUAUGGUCCAGCUCUCACUUCCAUACAUUACUACUGGGAAAACCAUGGCUUUUACUAUAUGGACCUUUGUUGGCAAGGUGAUGUCUCUGCUUUUUAAGAUGUUGUCUAGGUUUGCCAUCGCCUUUCUCCCAAGGAGCAGGCGUCUUUUAAUUUCAUGACUGCUGUCACCAUCUGCAGUGGUCAUGGAGCCCAAGAAAGUAAAAUCUCUCACUGCCUCAGAUUCCUUGGGCACCUGUAUUAGAAUGCAAUGCCUUGUUUCAAGACAACUUGUGACACUAGAGUGUCCUGCCUUGAAAGCAGGGGACCUUCCAAUAAAGAGAUGCAGAUAACAAUGUGGUCUCUUGGGAUAGCUUUUAUCUCUUGCUGGGGUCUGUCUUUUAGAACCUCUUCAACAAAUUGGUGUCACUGACAGAGGAGGCUAGGAAAGCCUAUCGGGACAUGGUUGCAGCAAUGGAGCAGGAGCAGGAAGAGGCCUUGAAGAACAUUAAGAAGGUGCCCCACCACAUGGGGCAUUCUCGGAAUCCUUCUGCAGCAAGUGCAAUUUCAUUCUGCAGUGUUAUUUCAGAGCCCAUUUCAGAAGUGAAUGAGAAAGAGUACGGUGAGUGCAUUUUCAAAACAAUGCUUAUGUAGCAGAAUCGUACUGAGAGUGAGUUAGCUGUCAACUUCUUUCCUUUCCCCCUUCCUUUAAUGUUGAUGAUCUGCUUAUUUUAUGAUCAUGAAGCAAAUUUUGGGGGGUUUUCCUGCCCCUGCGGCUGAUUGGCUAGUGGCUUUGGGGGGUUUUUGCCUCAUUUUUUGUGGCCUCGCACUCCGAAUUGAGGCAUCUGGAUUGCCUGACUAAACAGGAGUUGCCUUCUGGUGUGAGAUGCUCGAUUUGCUCCUCCACUCUUCUUGCGGCACACUGGUUUGGAUGACAAGAUUUGUGUGUAGGGGUUUUAUUUUUUGAUGUGGAAGUGAAUCAACAUGUGCGGGAUGACACCUUGCAAGCAGGAUGAUAAACUAGAUGGUCUCUACACUCAACCCAGCCAUAGAUGUGGAUAUUCCUGUAAAUGUAAGUUUGUUUGAUGUGACUGACUGAAAAGAAAAACCCCUUACUCCAAAGUAAUGCAGCCCUGUGAAAUAGGCCUCAACUCAUUGCCGGAACAUAUGUUCUUGUUGCAGAAGCUCCUUACUAGUUGUCGCGAGCAAAAUGCAUCAAAUCGAGUGGUAAAACCCACCUGGGUUUAAAUAAAAUUAGGAACAUAGGAAUCUGCCUUAUAUUGAAUCAGAUAAUUGGUCCCUCCAACUCAGUAUUGUCCACACUGACUGGCAGCAGCUCGUUGGGAUUUCCAGCAGGAUUCUCUCCCAGUCCUUCCAGCAGAUACGAGGAUCAAACCUGGGAGCUUCCAGACACAGUUCUGUUCACUGGAACACUAGUUAGAAUGGCUUUUUCAUUUCUCUCUCUCUCUCUCUCUCUCUCUCUCUCUCUCUCUCUCACACACACACACACACACACACACACACACAGAAAGAGAGAGAGAGAGAGAGACAGACAGACAGACAGAGACAACCCCAAAGCUUGGUUUUCUAUGGAGAGCUGUUUUUCAUUUAAUUGAUUCUUAAACAACUUUAAAGCAAUUAACUGGAAGCCUGCAUGCACCCCAAUAUUCUACAGUGUUAAUGUUAAGCAGCUAGCAGUGGUGCAUAGAACCUAACCUGUGUUCUAUACUUCCUUCUCAUGGCAACACAUCUGACUGUAAUUUCUGUUUUUUGCCAUUCUCUCUUCCCCACCCUACCUUACCCCAAGAUUGAUAUAACUGAAUUGGAGGGGGGGAAACCUUUUCUCUGAUACCCCCUGAGAAAAGUUCUAAAAUUGCACUUUGCUUUUGUGUGAGGGUGAGUGGAAAGUGUGUAUGUGUGUGUAUAACAACUGUUUUAAAAAAGAACAAAACCACACCUCUUUCUGCGUGUCAACCAUUCCCAAUCUUUUCUGCAUUUCUUCCCCUCCCCAGAAACAAAUUGGAGGAACAUGGUGGAAACAUCAGAUGGAUUGGAAACUUCUGAAAACGAAAGAGAAGCCUCUUGUAAGGUUGCUGCUCCAGAAAAGCCCGACAGCAGUAAGGCUGUUGCUAAUAAGCAGCUGUCUCUAGCAUCUGUUGGGGUUGUUGCAGUCACAAUGCAUGGGAAAGCACUUGGUGGUGGCAAGGAAGAACCCAAACCAGAUGACAACCUGGAAUGGGCCUCGCAGCAAAGCACAGAUACCGGAUCUUUGGAUGGCAGUUGCAGGGAUAUUUUGAACUCCUCCAUGACCAGUACAACCAGUACCCUUGUCCCAGGAAUGCUUGAAGAAGAGGAGGAUGAGGACGAGGAAGAGGACGAUGACUACACCCAUGAACCUAUAUCUGAAGAAGUUCAACUCAACAGCAGAAUUGAAUCUUGGGUCUCAGAGACUCAGCGGACUAUGGAAACGCUUCAGCUUGGGAAGAGCCUUAGCAGUGCAGAGGAUGAGAAUGUUGAGCAAAGUGGUGAGGAGGAAGAAGCCGAAACUCCCGAGCAAGUGGAUUCGGUCGUCGACAGCGAGGAAUGGACAAUGGAUAAGCAUGCAAGUAAAGCCCAGCAGAAGCCUUCAGUCUGCAGUUCCCUGGAGACAAAGCUUACGGACUCAAACUAUAUACCAUAAACUCGAGCACAAACUCAGGAAACAUUAAUAUUUUAAAAACUAACUGUUGUAAGGAUUUCAGCCAUUGCUUUGUGUGCUUCAUCUCAGCAUUUUGCACUGUGUAACGUUUAAUAUGCAUAUUUAAUUCACAACAUAAAUAUUUUUUGUAGCUGUCUUUAUUACUUUUUCCAUUAAGAGCUAGAGUGUAUGUGCAUGUGUGUAAUGACUAUUUAUAUCUUCCUCAGAACAGAUUAUGUGUGUUGAAACUGUCGAUAGGCAUCUUUUUGUAUGAGAAAACUAUUUGCAAAUGACCAUUUUUAUGCAAAAUUAUUCUCAAACUAUAACUUAAAAGUUCUUACACUUUCUAGCCUGGCAGUAGUGACCAAUAUUUGCUUUGUCAUUCUAUUAUCUUGAAAUUAUUUGACCACAUCUUCAUGUACCAGAAUUUGGGCCAGAAUUAAUCUUUCCAGGGGCUUUUAUCCUUGCUGAUAAGAGUUAGAAAGAUGCAUAUUAGUCAGUAACUUAACUUCAAACCUCUUCUUACUGGCCUCAGGAUAUUCGUCUCAGAAAUAUACUCUUGAAAUGCUGGUUAUAACCAUCUAAAACAAUUUGGCAAGGCAGCUUCGGAAAGAGAAAUCUUAUUUCCAUUUCGAUUCACUAUCAUUGUCACUGUGCCUAUAGGACUGUCACAAGGGGACCCAUUAAUCACAGCUACUUUUCCUUGUUGGGUUUUGUUAACUUUACUGUUUGCGGUUUUCACUUAUCUCAGGAAUGCUAAUAUAAAUUUAUAAAUGCUAUGUAAAUGCAGACACUGAAUUGGAUAUUGAUCAUUCAGCAGAAAGUAAGGUGGGCCAUUGAGGCUCGAUUUAUUCGGGUAAAAGAGGGGGAAUUUGUGCAUGCGAUGCUCCUGAUCACCUCUUAUGUUUUUAGCUUGGGAUCAGUCAUAAAAGUUGGGGUCAGUCAUAAAAGUUGGUUCUUGUUGAUGAGGUGAGCUCUUCUGUAACAGCAGGAGUUCAUAAUAGAGAGCAGGCAGAAUUUAUUUGGGUUGGUGGAAAAUCAGUUGGUUUAGUGGGAGAAAGUCAGGCUGCUUUGCUAUUAACAUUUUAAAAAAGGCUUGUCUAACUUCUGCAUGCUCUACAUCAAACUUUUGUCCAUUGCAGAACAUCGAAUUGUACCCAGAUAAGCUGCAUGGAAAAAAGAAAUCCAUUAAUGGUGAAUGUAGAAGGGUUGUAUACUCACUGGUAGUGCAAAAAUAUAUGCUUUAUGAAAACAUGGACUUCCAGCGAUUAUUGAAGUAUUUCACAGUUAGGUUGUUCACUUAAUUAUUGGGACCAAUAGUUUCAGCAUUUUCAUAACUAGCUUAUUAUAUUUUAUGGACAAAAAUCUGAUACAGUGUCUUAAAAUAUUAUAUUGUCCUUCAUGGAAUGUAGCAGAAUAAGCCAGUUUGAGUAUUUGUGCAAGAAGCUCUUUGGAAUAUAUGGCUCAGCACAUGUUAGGCAGAAAAAGUCUUGGAGUUUGGCUGUCACAGGAUGCAAGUAGCCCCCCCCCCCCGGCCCCUCUAAGUGCUAGUAACUCAUAUUAGGUACCUUUUUAAAAAGAUUUGUCUUUUAUUCAGAACCUGCUUCAUCCUAUGGCAAUAUACAUAAAAGUAAAGUACUUCAGCUGUUGGUUUCAAAUUCAGUCAAGGCACUCUUCCCAGUUUGCUACCAGAUGCAAAAUUGCCUGUCCAAAAAUUGCAACAAAUCUCAGUGCAAACAAGACAUGAGUGUAAGGAAGCCAUCCUUUUAAAAAAAAAGUUCAUCCUGAAAAGUGGCUGCUGAGCCUCCAGGUGGAAAUGGAAUAUCUCUGUGUUUGUAUGCUUGUGAGGUUAUGUUAGCUUGUAUUUAAUAAGGUUUUUUCUGGUGUAGUAUAAUGAGGUGUAUGUGAUUCUGUCAUCUUCUGUAAUGAGCAUCCACAUUCUGUUCCUUUUGAUGAGUUACCUUAUCUUUCAGUGCCACGAUAGUUCCUGUUUGGUUGGGUUUUUUAAGUAGCACAAUUUCUAUACUGGCAUAAAAAGUAGAUUCUUACACACGGUCAAAUGGUGUUUCUGCUUUCGUAAGUAGGUUCAAAUUUAGGACAUGUUCAGCAAAUAUCUGUGCUCUUUUAAAAACCGGUUUAGCGAAUUUUACCAGAAUUUGUGGAAGGAGAUGAGGGUUGCAGGGUGGGAAAAGUGCACAAUGGGCUAGAUCUUCCUUUGUUUGAAGUGACUAUGUGAUGAAGUAUUAAACACACCAGUAUUUGGAUAAAAAUUAGCUUACCCUGGAAAAUGGAAUGCCUGGUGAGCUAAUGCACUUGAGCCUUGGGCAGGCCAAACAAGAUUUUGGGGUUUGUAGGCUGCUAAUGCAAUGCUUAAUUCUUUCGAGUUUAUGGUAGCCAGUAAACCCCAUUUAACUUAUUCCCUCUCUCCUCUGGAUUAAAUUUCAAACUGUAUUUACAGACUAGAAGCUUGAUCAGUGACUGGUGUGGUGCGGUGUUCUGCUAUUUUUAACAUGGAAGAAAAGGUCCUUUUGAUUAAUGCACUUGUGUGAAUUUUGAACUCUGUACAACACAGGGAGAGAUACCUUGGAACGUUAAUUGGGUGGGUGGAUGUACACAGUAUAGUUGAGUCCAGUUCUUCAACUGGAAGUUGUUAAAUUUUAAUAGCAUGGAGCAAAAAGUAUUGUUUGAAAAGCUGCUAUUUGCUGAAAUUGUCAUAAUAUUUUGUGUGUGUGAUGUGCCAACUAAUCAAGUUAUUCAGUCAAGUUAUCAGAUUUUAAUCACUAAUUCAAUAGGAAGACUUUUUUAAAAAGUUGCAAAGCCAUAAAUGGAAAUUGUACAGCUUUAUAUACCCAGACCUGCCCAGCAGAAACAGUAAGAAAAUGUCUAAACUUAAAACAAUUAACACUUUAAAAAAAUCAACUUAAUGGCACAGCCCAAUUAAUGUUAAUAUAUGGUUAAUGUAUUUUUAAAAGACUAUAAUAAAGUAAUGUCUGUUAAUCUUUGAUACCUUUACAUUUGUAGUAACAGAACGUGGGUUUAAAAUAGAAAAUCAUUAUGAAAUUACUUCAUGAACAGGUUCUGUCUGUUUUUUCUUUUACGAAGGAUAAUUGUUCUGUCUACCAUACCUUUUUGAGUAAUAACAGCUUUUUGCACUAUGUAAAUACUAGUGGGGGUUCUUCCAUAAUGAAUAAAAAUGAUUAUAAAAAA